ACCCUCAAUGUGAUCACGUUCAAUUCGGGUAUUGUUCGAAGUGGCAUCUACCAAAUUGGCAAAAAGCUUCGAACAGAGCCAACGAGUAUGCUUUGAACGAGGAAACCUAUAUAAUGGGUGGGUUCGGUUGGACUGUAUCCCCACCUCCCACAUUGUGGACCGCUCUUUUGAACGCGAAACGCGAUGUUGUCUACGGGGAUUGACCUAGCCGCUGCCCUAAUGUCAGUCCAGCAGAUAUCUCCUAGCGACUGGGGAUACGUGUCGAAAGUGUGCUUGCAGGCACUUCUACAGUCGGGAAGUCCCAAUGGGUUCCCUUCGAGCUCUUCCCAGGAACAGGCUUCGGCUGAUGAGGCUUCGGAUUUUGGCCUGAGCUUAUCCACGUAUCCAUUAGAGGAAACUGUGAUAUCCAGUAUUCCAUCGACGUCUUCAGCAUCAGAUGCGGCAAGCAUCCGUUCCUCGUUCACUGCGUCUCUUGCCGAUGCUUCUGCCACCGACUGCCGUCCUUCUUUUGAUCCUGCAAACAUGAUGCGACCCUCUGUCUCUCUUUUAUUGUCGUCUAUCGUGUCAAAAGAUCCAGACUCUCCACCCGCCGACUCUGUUCCCACUCCAGCGAGCCCAACUGCUUCUACGGCCGCUACAGACAUUUCCUCUGACAACACUGUCCAGAGUCCGGCACCCUCUACCCCUCCACAGGUACAUGUGGAUAUACUGUCGCGUUCGACCUCAGAUUUCUCGGUUCCAACUGUGUCAACACAGAGCUAUUAUCGGGAGCAUACCUAUAUCUCGCCUCCUCCAGCAGAGCCUCUUAUCAAUCAAUGCUCUCAAGUAUCUCAGUCCACCAACGUGCUAGCUCAGCCCCCUUUUAGGUCUUCGUCCAGUAAUGAAAUGGUGACCAGCAUCCGUCAGCCUCCCAAGCAAACUUUAAGAUAUAUACCCUAUGCCGUCGCGGACCGUCCUCCCAGUUUGGCUACCAAAAUACUGACCAGCUCGAGCUUUUCCUUCGCCGAUCAGACAUUCUCUCCCAAGCCCUACGUCCCAUCGAAAUGUCCAGCAACCUCAACAAGCAACUCCGAAAGACAGAAGUACGUCUCUCCCCGCUGUCCAUCCAAAUUCCUCGUCUUGAUUUCCCCAGCCACUCAAAAGUCUGUUGUCGGAAAAGCAAAUACGAACAGCUAGUCGUCAAGUACGGCAUCAGCGACCACGACCUCUA